CACACAUAUCGAGAAGGUCACUAUUGUAAUUGAGGUUAUGUUGGGUAGUUCGGCUUCCGGCAUUUACAAUAAAUACAGUAAUUAUUGGAGUUAAACGAAGUUUUAUUUCGAUGCCUAGUAGAUAGGGACGAACAUCACACUUGGCGACGAUAAGUAGUGGUAGAACUCGCGUGUGCACAUAAAAAAAAUAGUGAAAAACCUACGUCAAUAUGGCCGCUUCAGGUAAUCAAUUCAUCUUUGACCCUAAAGUAAACGAAUGGGGAGUGUAUAUAAAAAGAUUAAAGCAGUACUUUAUUGCAAAUGCAAUCGAAGAUGCAGGUAUCCAGAGAGCAAAUUUAUUAUACAAUUUGUGUGAAGAGGCCUAUGUUUUACUAAGGAAUUUAUGUAUGCCAAAGACUCCAGAAACAACAGCAUUUGGUAAUAUUGUUCAAGCUCUAUCUGACUAUUACGACAAAUCAAAAAUUGUAUGGGUCGAGAGACAUAAGUUUUAUAGUGCUAUUAAACAAGAAAACGAGUCUGUUCAAGAAUGGAGCGUUAAACUGAAAAGUUUAGCACUUCAUUGUCAGUUUGGAGAUCAAUUAGACAGCAAAUUGGUCGAUUUAUGUACAACUAAGUUUAAUCCAGGAAAAAUAAGAAAACAAUUGUUUAGUGAAGUGAAGGUGACUACAAAAUUUAAUGAAGUCGUAGAAAAAGCACAAGUAGAGGAAGCAUCGGUCCUGGGAGUCAGUGAGUGCGAGGGAGAACGAGCGCAUGUUGAAAUUAAACGCGAAAAAAUUGAUAGUGAAGCUGAAGUUUUUCGAAUCGGCCGUAGAAACGAUCUUAUCUGUAUUUUUUUCUGA